AUAUUUACAUUCCACGACAAAACGAGAUGAGCAGUUUUCCCCCACUUUCCCUAGAAAAUUCGCCAGAAUUCUCUAGAUUAUAAUUUACAGUCUGGCCGCCAGGCGCGCAAGAGGCUAAGGCCUUUAUUUACAUAACCUCAAAUUUUGCAGGAACCUGUUUGGAAUUCGUGAUUUUCUACUUUGUAUGGGAAUGUGAUUUAUAACAUGUCGAAAGGGUUUGUUCAUUCUGUUAAAGUUCCGAGGCUCUACAAAACUGUCGCAGGCGUUGUACAAAAAGUACAAGAAAACGGAGCGAGUCUUAAACAAUUGAUUUAUCAACAAAGACACACGAAUCUGCAGGGUGUCUACGCUUUAGCGUUUAACACCGUUCGUCACGGGGAUCAGUUGAAUCAGCUAAUACGCAAAACCCAAAUCCUCUUUAAGGAGCAGCGUUUGGAUCCGUGGUUAACUCGAGUUCUGAUAACAGAAUUAUUAUGGGGCAAGCAGUGCUUGAAGUCAGAGUCGAAGCCUAUCCAAACAGUCCUCUCUUACGAGAAUGAAUUGCGAGAGGAAGUGAAAAAUAUCAGAGAAGAUGUAGUCCCUCCCGAAACUCGAAAAGUGAGGAAACCAAGAUAUGUGAGAGUUAAUACGUUGAUGAUGACUGUGGACCAGGCAAUAAAUGGAUUUAUAGAAGAAGGUUGGAAUUUGUUUCCUGCAUCUGAGAAUUAUCAUUCUUUUUUGGAAACCUUGUCGAAUUUGCAAGAGUCAACGUUUCUUCAGGACUUUCAUAUUCCAGAGUUGCUCGUUUUUCCCCAUGGAACUGCAUUUUUUAAUCAUCCUGCUUACAAAACUGGAGAAAUUAUUUUGCAAGAUAAGGCCAGUUGUUUUCCAGCUUUCCUCUUGAAUCCACAAUCAGGAUCUUCAGUUCUAGACAUGUGCUCAGCACCUGGGAUGAAAUCUACUCAUUUGGCGGCAAUCAUGCAAAAUCAGGGGAAAAUUUUCUCAAUAGAAAUGGAUCCAAGGAGAUACGGAACUCUAUGUGAUUUUGUUCAACGAACAAAUUCUACAUGUGUGGAAACUAUAAAUAAAGAUGCUUUAACUGUUGAUUCUAAACAAUGUCCAGACGUUGAGUAUAUUCUAGUCGACCCCAGUUGUUCUGGAACAGGCAUGAUUGAAAGAGAAGAAUUAAAUGGAAGAUCCGAGAAAUGCGCACCUGGACGAUUGAGAAGUUUGCAAUCAUUUCAAGUUCUUCUUUUACGUCACGCUCUCUUAAAUUUUCCAUCUGCGAAAAAAGUAGUCUACAGUACUUGUUCAAUUCAUCCUGAAGAAAAUGAACACGUAAUUGACGAAAUUCUCACCGAUAUCGGAGAUGCUUACAAACUUAAUUCUACUAAAGAAAUCCUCGAUGGAAACUGGAUAAAUUUCAGCUCUUUGGAUUUUGCCUGCAAAGAUAAUUGUCUUUACGCGAGACCGGAAGUGGAUCUAACCAACGGGUUCUUUGUCGCAGUUUUCGAACGAAAUUUCGACGUUCCUCUGCCAGAGUAUAAACGGAAAUCGAAAAUCGAUCGCGAAGGAAAUUCUAAUUUUAAGAAUUUUCAGAAGGAAAAGUUCGAAGGUGAAUAUAAAGAUAAUGGAAAUGAAGAAAAUGAAGAGAAAGAAGACAGGAAAGGGGAAGAAAGUGGAUUUGGAAAAACUGAAAAGACGAGCGAAAGACAAUUGACUGCUUCACAGAAGAAGCGAAUGCGUAGAAGACGGAAAUUCAACACACAGGCUUCAGAAACUUUCGUGAAAGAAGUAAAAGAAAUGAAAGAAGAAAGUGAAUUUAAGGAAGUCGAGAAUGAAGAAGUUGAAGAAAUAGAAGAUUCGAAAAAACGGAAGCACAAGAAAAAGAAGAAGAAACAUCAAAAGGAUGAAUCCCCUGAGCUAGAAAAUCUUUCCCAAGAAGUUGAAGUUGAAAAUAUUGAACAAGAAGAAGAUUCUGCAAAGUCUGAGAAAAAGAAGAAGAAACGGAAACAUAAAGAAACCUCGGAUUUUAUUUCCUUGAGUGUUGAAACCCAUAUUCUAGAAACAGAAAAUCCACCAGCAAAGAAGAGGAAGAAGAAGAAGAAGAAAAAGUUUACAGAUGAUUAACUCGAUCUUCUUUAAUAAAAAAUGAAAAAUAAAUGAAUUCAGAG